AUGUGUGAUAUUUUUAAGCUCAAGAUUAAAUACAACAAACUCGAAGGUGGAAGCAUAGAAAAGGAAUUCGAACCAGAUCAGUCUGUUUUCGAUGUCCUUCAAGCAGUUGCUGAAGAAACAGAUUCAAAUCCUCGCCAGCUCACUUUCAUUUAUGAUGGCCAGUACAGAGAAUCAGAUCUUGCUCUUGAAGAAUUCUUAACUGAAGAAGGACCUCACGAUAUCCAAAUCACCGACAAACAUAGACCAGCUUAA